CGGCCACUGGCUGCCAAAGCACAGGCACAGGCACAGAUCCUGCUGCUGCUCGCUGCAUGUCGGUGUGCUACGCAGCUCGGAUCAUAGCGAGGGGGGCAGGGAGAUUUAGGAAGGGACGAGGACAGGGGGACGUGGCUGGCUGGGAGUCUGUGAAUCUGCAGCCUGCCUCACAUACACACGCACUCUCACACACAUAUAGAGGAGUAUGAUCUAUCUGUCUGUUUGUAUGUCAGUGUGCCGGUGGUGGUGGUGCAGGGAAUGACUAAGGAGAAUCCUCACCAGGACCAGCAAUCACCAGAUCCCUGGAUGUAACCUGACCCUGAGCUUUGGGCCUUCGCCUGGUUGGGAAGAAACAGGACUGUUUUUUUUCCAGGCAGGGUGGGGUUGAUGGCUUUUUGUGGGUUAGUAGUGUUGUGACUGUGUUUGUUGCAGGAUGAAAGGAAGGAAGGACAGAAGGUUUGGCUAGUGGCUGGAGAGGGACGGAGGCAAGAGGGUGAUCUCCUCAUCAAAAUUGCAUAAAGACCAUGGGAGAUAUGAAGACGCCAGAUUUCGAUGACCUGCUGGCGGCCUUCGACAUCCCUGACAUGGUGGAUCCUAAGGUCGCUAUUGAAUCUGGUCACCACAACGACCAUGACGGACAGCUAAAGCAAUCUACUGGUGGGGUGCCUACAAACGUUGAUGAGGUGCCAAACCCUUCAGCAGGACACGACAUAGGCGUUAGUGUCAUUGUCAAGAACACCCGCAACACAGACACCGGUGAUCACGAUGGAACCAUAUCUAAAAAAGAAGAACAUUUGCACAGUCAAUCCCAAUCCCAUCCUGCUGGUGUUGGUAAUGGACUUCAAAAUGGCCUCCUGUCUACAAUCCCACCUGGUAACCAUCAAAAUAAGAAUGGAUGGAAGGCUUCCAAAGAGGAAGGACAGCCUGUUAACCAACAAUUACCUGCUUACAACCAGUUUAGCCCAAUCUCCAGUGCUGAGGAGUUUGAGGAUGAUGAUAAAAUAGAAGUAGAUGACCCCGUGGACAAGCAGGGAGGUCAGCAGUAUGCUAGGUCCAAUACUGCGAUAGAGGAGCAGAAUUCAGGUUCUCCUGUAUACGUGGAUAAUGUUAAACAAAGCGUAAACAGAGACUUAAUACGUGAAAACAACAAGAAUAAAAGCGGAAAACUUGGCGGUACAAGGUCUAGUGAACUCAUUACAUCCAGUUUACCUAAGGAAGGUCUUAAAGACACUACCCGUAAAUCAAAAGAUCAGGAGGUUGGAGAACAAUCGGAACAAAUCAAUGUAUCCUCUAUGCCUCAAGUCAAGGCCAAGUCCUCUACAAAACUUUCCUCUUGUAUAGCAGCCAUUGCAGCCUUAAGUGCCAAAAAGGCUAGCACUGCAGAUCAAGGUUUAUUGAAUACUCCCACAGCAAAGAAAGAAUCUACAGAAGCCCACGAUAAUCCCCCAACUCUGGAAAAGACACAAGAGCCAGAGUCAGCACUAGAGUUCGCAAAGAGGCUGUUAACAAGACAACCAGAAAGCCCCUCCAGUGUCACCAGUGAGGGAAGCAGCAAAGGAUCACUAGACUCCAGCACAGACACCACUCCAGUAAUCCCAAAAGUCAGGAUAAAAACAAUCAAGACCUCAUCUGGCCAGAUCAAGCGUACUGUUACUAGAGUUCUACCAGAGUUUGAUAUAGAGGGUUUCAAAAAAGGGGAGAAUAGCCCAUCUAUCAUAGCAACGACCAGUGCAAUUUUUUCAUCUUCCACGAGACCCACUCUUCCAACUACAGUAGUUGCCACAACUGGAGGACCUGCAAUGGAAAUAACCAAGCAAAUGACUAUUAAACCUGUGGCGACAGCUUUCCUGCCUGUCUCAGCAGUAAAAACAGCUGGGUCCCAAGUCAUCAACUUGAAGCUAGCCAACAACACCACAGUAAAAGCGACAGUCAUACCUGCUGCAUCAGUGCAAAGUGCCAGCAGUGCCAUCUUGAAAGCUGCUAAUGCCAUUCAGCAACAGACCGUCAUGGUACCUGCCUCCAGUCUGGCUAAUGCCAAACUUGUGCCAAAGACGGUUCAUCUUAGUCAUCUCAAUCUUCUCCCUCAGACUGUAUCUACUGCUGUCUGUGAUCUCCAACAAGUCCUGUCCUCCUCCAAACACCCACAGAAUCAACAAGUCAAACAGCAGACAAUUCUUGCUGGCCGCACCUCCAAAAGAGUUUCCAAGGUUCAAGUGUUUGCUAGCUCUCAGAGCUCUGUAGUGGAUGCCUUCAACAAAGUCCUGAGUAGCAUAAACCCUGUGCCUGUGUACGUUCCAAACCUCUCUCCACCAACCUCAGCUUGUAUCUCCCUACCCUCGCGUGGCUACAAGUGCCUGGAGUGUGGUGACUCAUUUGCCCUUGAGAAGAGCCUGACACAGCACUAUGAACGUCGCAGUGUAAGAAUAGAGGUCACCUGCAACCACUGUGCCAAAAGUCUUGUGUUCUACAACAAGUGCAGCCUACUGUCUCAUGCCAGAGGCCACAAGGACAAAGGGGUAGUCAUGCAGUGCUCACAUCUGAUCCUAAAACCUAUCCCUGCAGAUCAGAUGAUAACAACAUCCACCCUGUCAGAGCCCCCAAAUAUCACAAGCACUGUCUCCAUCUCCCAAGCUCAAGCAUCUACAAAUCAAGUCCUUGGGAAAGUUGCAGGUGGUGGGUCCCAUAGUACAGUGAUAUCAGCUCCAAGCAAUGCUCCUCAAGUGGCAGCCAUGCCCUUAGAUGAUGCAUCAAAGCUCUGCAGGCACAAUCUCAAGUGCUUGGAGUGUAACGAAACGUUCCAGGAUGAUAGCUCACUGGCCAUGCACUACCAGAAGGCACCAGAGUCCAACAGUCAGAAAACUUGCACCAUCUGCCAAAUGCUUCUCCCAAAUCAGUGCAGCUUUUUGUCACACCAGAGAAUCCACCAGCACAAGUCUCCCUACAUCUGCCCUGAGUGUGGCACCAGCUGCCGUUCUGUCCAUUUCCAGUCACACGUCACCAAGAACUGCCUCCAUUACACUCGUAGAGUCGGAUACCGCUGCGUCCACUGUAGUGUGAUCUUCGCUGAUGUUGCAGCUGUUAAAUCCCACAUUCAGAGUAGUCACUGUGAGAUCUUCUAUAAAUGCUCGCUCUGCCCCAUGGCAUUCAAGACUGCACCUGGGACGCACUCUCAUGCAUUCACACAACAUCCGGGGAUGAAGGCAGGAGAGCCGAAGGUGAUCUAUAAGUGCUCCAUGUGUGAUACGGUGUUCACUUUGCAGUCCCUGCUCUACACACACUUUGACCAACAUGUUGUCAAUCAUAAAGUGUCAGUGUUUAAAUGUCCUGACUGCUCCAUGCAUUACGCACAGAAACAGCUCAUGUUGGACCACAUAAAGACCAUCCAUGGAACCUUAAAGACCAUCGAGGGUCCACCAAACUUGGGCAUCAACCUCCCUCUAAGCACCAAGCCCACCAACUCCAACUGUACCAACAGCCCCAGUAAUAACAAUAACAACAAAGAUGGAGGAAAUGUCAUUGGUCAAGAAAAGGGAGAGAAAAAGACUUCCCCUCAAAAGAAAACAAAAACCAACUCCUCAGCUGACCUCAAAAACUCAACAGACUCAGGAUACACAUGCGGAGAAUGCAACAACCAGUUCAGCUCCAGGGAGGUUUUUGUUGCUCACAUGAGGCGCGAACAUGGCAAGAUACUGAAGAAACACCCUUGUCGUCAGUGUGAGAAGUCCUUCAGCUCCUCUCACAGUCUAUGCCGACACAAUCGUCUCAAACACAAGGGGCAAAGAAAAAUCUACACAUGCCCACACUGUCCAGCUCUAAGCCAGCCAUUCACAAAGAGAGUGCUGCUGGAUCAGCACAUUCAGCUGAUGCAUGAAGUCAAAGACCCUGAGGGGAAGACUGUCAAUACUGGUGAUAAGGAGGCUUUACCUGAAAAAGAAAAGACCCUAAGCCCAAAAAGAAAACCAGAAGAAGACGAGGGGCCUCCUGGAGUAAACUGCAGGGGCUCUGAUUCUCAGCCGUUAAAGAGGCUCAAAGUUAACAUAAUCAAAAUCCACAAAUGUGCUGUUUGUGGAUUUGCCAGCGAGGACAUCACAGCGUUCCAUGAGCACAUUCCCCAGCACAAGUCUGAUGGCUCGUCCUACCAGUGUCGGGAGUGCGGCCUGUGCUACACCUCCCCCCGCUCGCUGGCCAGACACCUCUUCAUCGUCCAUCGGCUGAAGGAGCCACAGGGUCUCGCUCGAUACAACGGGCGAGGCAAAGAUGAUGACGAGAGUCAGAGAGAGAACCAGCUGGACGUUACGGAUGAGAACAAUGACGGGACACCAAAUACCAAAUGCAAAGUUUGUGGGAAGAAGUUUGAAACGGAGGGAAACCUUAACACUCACAUGAGGACACAUGGGAUGGCGUUCAUAAAGUCAAAGAGACUGAGCGCGGCUGAGAAGUGAGAGGAACAAACCAUUCCACCUGCAGCAAAACUAUCUUUACUGUAAAAGUUUAAAACUUGUCCACAGUCAACCGACAAUAUCAUCAUGACACGUGGUUGUGCUGCAUAUACAUGAUGUACAGUACAAUAAAGGUACUACUGUCUGUAUAUGGUAUAAACAGAAAUAUGUAAUAUAUGUCAAAGUCACUUUAUGUGUCUUAAAGAUAGCUUUUUUGUACACAUAGAUGUUUCUAUAGGCCGUGAAUAGAUCAUUUUUUUAUAGAGGAGCUUUUUUAUUUUUAACAGAUUCCAUCAUUGUUUACUCAUUACAACUACAUAAAAUACAAACAUAUUUUCUUGUGGGAUUAAUCCUCAUAAGAUCAGCAGUGUUCUGAAUCUUCAAGCUGCUAAUGUCCAAUGAAUGUCUGAAAGAAAACACAAAGAGAUGUUUAACAUGGCGCACACAACCUCAAACUACAAAAAUUAAGAUUUAUUACAGUUUAUUUUUUAACAAAUACCUCCCCCUGAGAGCCCAUUGGCUUCAAAAUAGACCCUAGCUUUAGUCUCCAUUCAACAUCCUGUAAUAAAAGAUUAAAAUAAAACUGCAGAAUUAACUUUGGACUUCAAUCCCAUGAAAUUUUUCAUGAUUUCAGACAACCAGUCUCAUGCUAAAUAGACUACCUACAGCUACAUCUCCAGAUGAUCUCAUCAGAUUUGACCGGAUGUAAUUUACUAAAUGUAUACAUAACAAAAAAAAAUCAGAAAUCGAAUGAACUUAAAGUGUUUAGGCUUUGUGGGUGAUUAUGCCAAACAUUCUACAAUAGUAACGUGCAUUUUUAAAAAUAAAUUUGGGGGCCAAAAAAGUAUUUUUAAGAUAUAUUUUUUGAAGGAUUGUCAAACUUUUUAAUAUUUAAUUUCUGUCUUAAUAUAUACGACAUGGCAGCUCUUUUGGGUUACAAACCACUUAAAAAGUGUUUAUUUACCUUUAUAUUUCAGAGAGAAAGAUGCAAAGCACUUACCUUUUAUUUACUUUAAUUUACAGUCUGGUUCAUCUGUCCUUACAGCACAACAAAAUAAGCUGUAUCAGCCUGUAAUUGUCAACAUUUCUUCAUCAUGAGGUUCUUUGGUUUGUGUGAAAUAAAUGAAUGUUCAUGACAGGAAUAACACUGGGAAAAAAAAACUUCUGUGAAUGAAUGUAAACUUGGCUGUAAAACUGACUUAUUCAUACAGGACAACCAGUUGAAAUCAUCUAACAAAACUAGGGGCUCAAAGUUGGGAGAAUCUAAAGAUUGUUUUCCACAGCUUUAUUUGUUAAGCAUUCCUACAAAACAUCGUUGAGUUUUGCAGCUAUUUUUUAUACUCUAACAAUAACACCUAAAUGGUUUUGCGCUGUAAAACUGCAUGUGAGAAGCAGUCUGUGAACUAUCUGUUGGUUAGAAUGUGUUUUGCUGCUGCUGCUGCUGUUUUUAGACAUUUCUGAUGCUGUUGUAAAAAGCUGUUCUUUAUGUCUAAAAAAUAAAAUCAGCUGGGAGAGGAUGUCAUGUCUCCAUGAGACGCACAC